CAUAACAAUUAUUUCUAAACUCUUUACAAGCAGGAGGGGGAAAAUGGGUUAUCGAAUAUGGUUGAAAGAGGGGGCGGGGGGGGGGGGGGCACACAUCUACGAACUUGCGGUCCCCAGCCCUCGGGUCCUCGAAUAAUAUACUUCAGACUACAAACAGAAAAUAAGGAGAGAGAGAGAUGCUACUUCAAAUUACAUAAAUGAUCAAAAAUAAAGAGGAGUUGGAGAAGGAGGGGGAGAAGAAGGGAAAGAUGAAAAAGAAAAAGAAGAAAAAGAAAAUUGAAACCUGUUGAGGUUGUGCACAGUUAGUAGGUUUAAUAAGUAAAUGAUGCAUUUGUUGUGUUUGUAAAAUGAUGUAUUUCUAUAUCUCUGUAAAUACUAUACAGGACGUAACGAGAGGUAUUGCGAAAUUCCCUUCCUCCACUUUCACCAGAGUGUGGGCUAACAAUGUAAUCACCAGGCAAUACAGAAUAGAUGGAUCCGAUAGGGGACAGAACGUGAUAAUUAAGUAGUCCAAUCACGACGCUACUAUGCACGCUAUGCCCGCACAUAGUCCUGAUGACGUACAAAGGGGUCGUCGGGUCAAUUACGAUGAACCUCGGACUAGAUCAGUAUGGGGAAUCCCCGUCUGGGUUUUCCCGGUGCGGGUGCUUAGUCUAUGAAUAUAUACCAUUCACUUCACAGUCGGGAAGGUCAUGUUGUUUUGCAGUACUGUACAAUAGCUUGGAUGGGUAUGAUUGCUCUAAUUAAAGACUGAAAAGUAAAACUACACUUUCUUGACAGGCGUGGUAAGUGUCACGGUAGAACUCUUUUUACAACGUGCCUCAUAAAAAAGCUUUUUGAAAACAUAAUAUCGGCAUGAAAAUAGUCGAUAACAAUUUGGUUUUAUAUAUCUCUAUCUGAUGUAUUGUUCGUGAUUUCCCUGGGGGAAGUUCAUUGUGCUUAGUCUCUUACCCCCUCUCCCUCCUAUGAACGGUCGCAUGUCGGGGUAGUGGUGGACUUUGCCAGUUUUCAAACAUGCCUCGAUCCCCUCCCUUGUAGCCACUUCUAAUCCUCGAUUCGUUCUUUCUACUCCAUGGGCCGGACAUAGGAUUCAUUCAUCAAUUAUUUCGAAAGUAAGUCUACGUAUGUGUGACUGUCGCAUAAUAUUGCGAAACUAGAGAGACCUUGAUACGGCCUAGAUAAUGGAUGACAAUUAUUUGAACGCCGUGUAGUAUUGUCAACAUCACAACAGAUUGUUAAUUACGGGCGCACGCACGAAUAACGACUCACAAUGACCGGUAUAUAAGUUUCAAGCAUUAACGCUAGAGAUAUAAAUAUAGCGCUGAAUACACUGCCGAUAUACUUCAAGUAAUCAACAAGUAAAUGAUCCACGAUGUCGUCACAAUCUGAAGAUACAGAGGUUUUAUCCCUUCAUGAUCUCGGAGGACGUGUAACAGACGUCGAUGAAAAUUCAGCCACUUUUACUGCUUGGAAAUCGAGCUAUGAAACACUCGAAGCAAAACUCACUGAUAGGUCUAUUAGCAUUCUUCGGAAGUCUACAAGUUUCAAGAAGGUAGUCAGUAACGUGAAGGAUUUCCUCUUCGAGGGUGACGAAGUCGUAAUCAACAUCAAACAGGACAAGACAGACCAGACACAGUGGAAUGUAACACGCGUGCGACUGUGCCCUGAUCAACGACCACCGCACUACGAUGUAGUAAGAGAUUACUUUGUGAGAGGAAAACAAGGCCCUGCUCGAUGGCCGAAGAAACAAAGAUGCCACGUACCCCAUGCUCGCGUCGGCGAGAUUGUUUCAAUCAUGAGCGAGAUCUUACAACGAUGGUGCAAGAUCCCCAUCAAGCUCUUCCAUGACAUCGUCGAUGAGUACGGCGAUGAUCAGGGAGGAGUGUUCCAAUCUUACGUCAAGACUAAGAGAGCCUUAACAAGUUUUAUUCGUACUGUUCCUCAGUAUUUCUACAUGGACGAUGAUGACAGAGUAUGCAUGUACGAGGGAUUCGAUGAUGAACUUUUCAAGACAGAGUUUGCAGAAAUAUGCUUGUCUCUCCCACAAUGGAAUCGCUCAUACCCACUGAGUGAAGUACAAGUUAUCCAGACAGUUCGAGAUGGGUAUGCAGUCCUCCAACCCCUCCUCCAGAGAGCAGAGAGACUGUAUGGCACCGGUUCGAAUCCCGGACUAGUAGUCGCCUUAGAUUGUGAAGGAUGUUCACUGAGUAAGACUGGACGUCUUACUCUGGUGCAGAUAGCUACUAUGGAAGGCAAGGUAUAUCUCUUUGAUGUCUACCGAUGUCCUUAUCUCUUUCAUGAUGGUCUUCUUGCCGACUUCCUCGAAAGCGAAGCUGUCCUCAAGGUGAUACAUGACUGCAGAAAAGAUACGGCUGCUCUUUAUCAUCAGUUUGGUAUUACCCUUACCAAUAUAUUUGAUACCUCGAUUGACUAUGUAGUCCUCCAGAACCAGUGUCAAGUAGCAGGAACUAAGCCUAGGCCUAGGAUUAGCUUCCAGAAUCUCUGUGAGAUGAUUGGUGAGGAGAUGGACUUUACAAUCAAGAAGAGUAUCAAGAAGAAGAUGGUGUAUAUACCAAACUUCUGGGCUACACGACCUCUCAAAACGAACAUGAUAAACUAUGCAGCCGCUGACGUAUACAUGCUCCUACCGAACGUCUACCAAGUAUUACACGGAUUGAUCCAUCCUUGGAAGAGUGUGUUUCAGCUCAUGUGUCAAGAUGCAAUCAGAAAAGAGAUUGAAGAUAUCUAGAAUGGAUAAAGCUAGGGCAGAUUCCAUCAAAGAUCUUCCAUAAUGCUUCAACUUAUAAAUUACGGUUUAACUCUAUUUCAUCACUAAGUCUUCUUUAUGAUAUGCUUCUCCACGUUUCCUUGUGAUAUCCCCCCUCUCUCUCUCUCUCUUUUCCCGGAUCUCUCUCUCUCUCUCUCUAUUUUCGCUGAUCUCUCUCUCUCUCUCUAUCCCUCAACAUCAUUUUCCUACUUUUAUAUCCCCAUAUUUUUUCUCUACAUACAAAAUCAUGUCGAGUCAUUAUUGUACAUAAAGAGUUGAUAUUUUCUAUACAAAUAUAGACAUGUUUUUAUUUUGUUUGUGACAGGCUGGGUUUGUAAGAAUUUUUUCAAAGAAAAUAAUUUGUUGUCAUAAAUUCUAAAGACUGAUCUGAAUGGAUAAGAAAUGAGCAUGUAGAGUGGUCUCUAGUAAAACAUUAUCAAUGUGAAGAGUAUAGUUUUUGAUGAAAUUCAGACCAAGGAAACACUUUUGAAAAUAAAUCAUUCUUUUUCAGAUUACUUUUACAAGCUACUGAAGCUCAGUUCAAGAAGGUAAAGUCCCAGGAUUUCACUGAUCAUUUUAAGGCAUGAAUGUAGUUGUAGAAUUAAAGAAAAAGCAACUGGUAAAAACAAUAUAUCAUUUUGAGUAGGGAAAAAGAACAUUAUCCCAUUUAUUAGUCAAGCCACUUUCCCACCAAGAUGUAACAGGGAACAAAAAUUGUAUAUCAAAUUUGUUAGAUGAAAGACUUGAGUUUCACACUAUUUCCCCCUCCGGAAAUCAUCUUGCAAAUUGGUGAUCUGACAGGUGGCAUUACAGUGGUUUUGUAUGGCCAUAAUUGUUUUAGAGUAUGUCAUGUUUUGCUUAAAUCAUAAACUUUAUGUUUAUUAAUCAAGUGUCUUUGGAAUGAUUGUGAUAAAAUAUUUUGUAUUUAUCUUUUAGAAAAAUGAAAAGGUAGAAUGAUUUUAGUUGAUUGUUUUAUGACUGAAGAUGUAUAGACAUCACUUACUGGCAAUAGGCCCAGUUGGUCCUUCCAUAUUUAUAGUGCAGCAUAGACAAGUAUCUAAUACCGAUUUUCUUUUGGGAAUUAGUUACUCUCAGGUAAACAAAUUACAGCUAAUCAAUGUUUUUAAGUUCUGAUUGGUCUUUUACCAUUUUGUUCAAAGUGAUGUCAUUAAUAUGUAAUAAAUGAAAAACAAAUCAUGGCAGAUAUUAACAUAGUCUAAAGUUCAAGAGUCUGAAACAGGAAGUUUUAAUCUGUCUUCAUGAUACAUGUAUCUUAGUCAUUUGUGUUAUUUUCUGGUGAAAUGGUCGAGGUGUAUGAAAUGCAAUACCUCUAGUAUCUUGUCUGAUUAAGAGGAAAAUCAGAAAGAUAAUGCAACGAAAAUGUCUCUAAUUGCCCAGUUGCAUGAUACAGAAUGUUACUUCCCUACACGGCUAUAAACACAUUAACCUCCAAGAUACACGGCAACACAUUUGCAAAAAAACUUUGUACUCUUUGAAAUAGUUUAUUGAUAUAUUAUCUGAUCAUGUACCCCACAAUGUACUUUAUUUAUAAGUUUAACUAAGAAACACAUUUACAUUAAAUGAGUGUCUCUGGUACCACCUUCUAUGGUGGAGCUUGAAGGCAGAAACAAA